AAGCAAAGGAAAAAAAAAGGAAAAGUAAGCUUCAAAUACAAUGGAGCCAGAGGUAGUUCACAGAUUUUAAAAUAGGGGUUUUUUUUUAAAGCAAACCCCUACAUUUUUCUUCCCACAUCAGGUCUCUACUGUGACCUGUUUCCACUAAACCAGAAGCAGUCUUUGCAGCUGCCCUGCUAGGGCUAUAGAUUUCAAGACAAUCUCCCAAAUAAGUGUCACAGAACAAAACAGACCAAGAUAAGCUGUUAGAGCACAUUUGUAAACAAGAAAAAGCUAAACCAAGCUGCCUCUUAUCGUAGAGACAUAUAGCAGGAGUACAAAACUCUGUGAAAAAAAGCCUGGUAGCGUGAUUCAGGACAUACCACUCGGGGGGAAUGAUAGCCUGGCUGUACUUAGGUUUGGAAAAAAAUGUUCUGAAAGGUUCUCUUGCUGCCACAUACUCUAUUUUAGUUCUGGGGCUCAUCCUCUAAUGUCAUAUAUAUUCUGAGUAGUAAAGGAACCACCUGAUGUCCAGCUUCAUUUCAGGGAAAGGGAGGGCAUAGGUAUGAUGGGCACUAGAAGACAAGUUUGGAUGUACUCAGAUUACUGGGGGAUAGUUCAGAGGAGAGACACCUUGAAAGGUCAAUGUCAGGAACGCAGCCUGUUAAUGAUGCUAAUGAUAUAAACAACACCCAAGAUAGUUCUCCAUUUGGUGAAGCAUUUAUGUACAUGUUGUACUGGAAGCACCUGAGCAGUUGUAUUCAUUUCAGCCAGGUGACCUGCAUGCCUACAGUCAGGCCUAUACCAGACAGGAGCUCCAAGCAUUGCAGAACUGAUUUUUCUUGGCAUUUAUCCACACUCUUCAAAUGCAAGGAUUAGUGCAUCUUCCUUUUAUAAAAUUCCCUUCUGCUGAUGUUCAUUCUUCUGCUUCCAGGCUGCUCUGAUUCACAGCACAAGAAAAGCUUUUCCAAAGGACUCAGUAACUCCUUUUCCCCAAAACACACACGUCACUUGUAUAUGUAUUUGCCUAGAUCCCAUCUUAUCUCCAAAAAUGAACAAAUCACUUCUUUACCCCUAAUAUCUAAUAUCCAAAAGAAAAGUAUUGCCUGAGAAAACAGUAUUAGUUUUAUAUAUUUUUUGGCACAAUAGGACAUAAUUUAUUAUUCUGCUUAUGAUCACUGGCAAAGUCCCAGAAAAAUGCAAAGCUUGCUGUUUUAGGAUCUUACACUGAUUGUAACUUAUCAUGUCAUAGGCCCUUUUAGCACCAGAGACAUCAUUCUGGCUCAGUAAUCCCUUCAGAGAAUUCCUUCCAACAAAUAUAGAAGACUGCCAUCAUGAUGAGAAAAAUCCUUUCCCCUAAAACUGUUUAUCAUCCAAGAAUAAAUAGCAGUGAAAAGAAUGGCUUUCUGAGACUUAAGGGGUCAUAAUCCAUUUCUCAGGAAGAUAUUACUAUGACUAUUGUACAUAAACCACUUACCCUUUCCAGUGUCUUACAGUCAUCUGAAUGUCAGUUAUUAAAAAAAAAAAAAAAAGAUGAAGUUAUAAUGCUCUAUCAACAGACAGCUGUCCUAGUGGGCACCGGGCACACAGAAUGACUCGCAUUGCUGAGCCGUGCAGUCACCGCCAAAGGAACGAUGAGGUCACAUUUCAUUCCGACUGACAUACUCGGUGUGGUUAGACUGUGAGGCUCACCCCUCCUCGCCAACCGACUGACGCCCCCUCCCUGCCCGGACACCAGAUCUGGCUCGUUAACGUGUCUGGAAUGAGCGUGAGCCUACCUCUCAGCUGGCAAGCCCAAGGAGCAUACUUGGAUUCCCAGGUUGGAAGAUUAUCUCAUUCAAACACAGUUCUCCCAAAGAUAUAUAAGCAAAGCUAGCGUGGCGGUCCCUGCAGAGCCAGCCUGAGCGCUUGGGAGUUUCAGCCAUACAGAAGUACAACCUCCAGACACCAGCCAAUAUGAUGAUGAUGAAAGUAGAAGACCUGGUAGGUACAAUCUUCUUUCAUUUAUUCAUAAUCUCUUUUCUUAUACCAGGCAGAGAGAAACAACCUUUGUGGAUCGUUGAGGUGAUUUAACAGGUUACCAGCACUGCUGCGCUCUAGGUGCAAACCCUGUAUAUACCCUACAUUAUCCUAUUAUAUUCUCACUUUAACUUUUCCUUGGGAAGGGGGCUCACCACUGAUACAACUGCAUAGCUGUUUGGAUUUUGCAUCAGAACAUAGUUUGCCAGGAAGAAGAGAAUGACCAAAAUUUAGCUAACUAUUGUCCUUUGACCUUGAUUUUCAUUUUUAUUUUUCUAGAAGCUGUUAAGUUUAUAUCACACUGAGUAAAUUGCAAUCUAGUAAGGGACUGGGAAGAGGUAUCCAUGCAGGGAAACAGAAGUAUUUUCUAAAACUAAAAAAACAGUGUAGUAAUAGUAUUAUUUUCUAAUAAUAAACUGUUAGUUUAUUAUUAGAAAAUUAGUGGGUUCCUACACCCACUGCUGUUCACGGUGUAUCAAGUCUUUGAAAAAAAAUGUCUAAACCAGACCACAAGUAACGGGACAUCCCAUCGCAGGGUCCAGACUAAGUAAGCCUGAUUGGAUCAAUAAACUGAGAAAACAGGAACGAUCCAGUGAAACACUGGAACAUCACGCAGGAACUGUUUUAUCCCCGGAUGGCUCUGUUAGGAUGCAAUGCCACGCGGCCUGACUGGUCAGUGCUGUCCUGCGCUCCUUGGCAAGGCCCUGGCAGCUCCUGUAGCGUUAAACGUUACAGCACACACAUUUUUACAAGGUGAUUGAAGGGAAAGGCAGUCCAGACCAUGUGAAUUUACUGAAACACUCUCAAAAUACACAACAGCCUCUACCAAGUUUCACAAGUUAUCUCUUUGUACACCCUCAACUGAGCACCAGAAGUAUUUGUGAAAGCUCUGGAAAGCCGCGCUGCUGCAGAGCUGCUGCGCAGGAGCCGCCUCCUGCUAUUCUGCUGAGUGCUGUACACGGGGACUUUGGUACUGCCAGCGACGGGUAAAACCAGCCUUGGAAUUACCCAGCAACCCGAUGUAACUGCAUUGAAUGUGCUUCAAUAAAACCGUAAGGUGCCAAGGAAGAAAGGCUCUCCUCCCACUGUACCUGCGCAGCUCCCCUGCUCAGCACUCACAGGGUGCUGGUGGCUUUUUCCCCCACAGCCUUUUACAGCCUUCUCAUGAGCCUCACGUAUUCUGGCAAGCCAACAUGGAAACCCUGAACAAAAAGGAUGCUCUUCCCAACUCCCCGGCAUUUUCCAGUACAGCAGCACUCCAGCCCCUGCCAGGCAGGAAGCCGACUGAGUUGGCCUCAUGGAUGGCGAUCCAAGCCCCGAAGAUGCCAAGGGGGGUUGCUGCAUGCCUGCAAGUGAGAUCGCUGUGUCCGUCCGCAUACACAGUUAAUCCAGGCACAGGCUGAACAAGGUCUGCGCUCUGUCUGUCACACACCCCUAGAGCAGGACAGGAAUGACAAGCAAUUAGCCCCCCCCCCCCGGUAAUCCAUGCUCCCAGGGGGUGGGUACUGCAUUCCUGAAACUGCUACUUACAUUAGAUCACGUUUGCUUUUACAGGUGACUGGGAAGAAAGCGGACGAUAAAGAGACUGGCAGCUUCCUCCCUGAGGACUUCAGAAAUGGAGAGUAUGAAGCUGCUGUAAGAUUAGAGAAGCAGGAGGACCUAAAGACAGUCUCUGAACACUCACUGACCCGAGGUGAUCUGGCUUAUGAGAAGGAGAAAAAACGAGAAGCAGAGCUGAAGAAGAAGAAAUUAGAGGACAGGUCAAAACUUGAAAACUUGGAGGACCUUGAAAAAAUUAUUCAGCUGAGGAAGAAGAAAAAAUGCAAGAAAGUGAAAGCACCUGUUUUAAAGGAACCUGAACCAGAACCAGAAGUUAUUGUAAGUUAUCUCAAAGCACCCUUUUCUGGGAAAACGUUGAUGGGGUUUUGCACCACACACAUUGAUGCCCUGUUUAUUUCUUUCCAUCAGACAGGACCAGUGGAUAUACCAACGUUCUUUAGAGCUGCACUGGAGAAUAAGUUGCCAGUAAUUGAAAAAUACCUGUCAGACAAAGGGGAUCCAAAUGUCUGUGAUGAGUACAAACGCACUGCAUUGCACAGGGCAUGCUCUGAAGGACAUCUAGAGGUGGUGAAGAAGCUGGUGGAAGCUGGAGCCCGGCUUGAACAGAAAGACAUGCUUGAAUCUACAGCCCUGCACUGGGCAUGCCGGGGGGGGAACCUGGAUGUUCUGAAAUUCUUACUGGACAAAGGGAUAAACAUAAAUGCAAGAGACAAGCUGCUCAGCACCCCUUUGCACGUGGCUGUGAGAACGGGUCAGUAUGACUGUGGGGAGCACCUCAUCGCCUGUGAAGCAGAUCUCAAUGCCAGAGACAGAGAAGGAGACACACCGAUGCACGAUGCUGUAAGGCUGAACCGCUACAAAAUGAUCAGGCUUCUGAUUCUGUAUGGAGCAGAUCUAACUAUAAAGAACUGUCAAGGGAAAACCCCUAUGGAUCUUGUUCUUCAGUGGCAGAACGGCACCAAAGAAAUAUUCAACAGCCUUAAAGACAAUUCCUAUAAAAGCGUCCAUCUAAGCAAGUUCUGAGGAGAGAAACCAGACCACUCUUCUUGCUGCUUUUAAAAGCUUAUGAACCUGGAGGAAAACAACCCUGAACAUAGUAUUUUAAUUGACAAUAUUUAUGAUACUUAAUUAUUUGAGGUACCUUCACGGAAAACAUGCAAAGAAAUUGUUUUAAAAGGCUAGCUGAGUGUUAAAAUUCCACUGGUUCUAAAAUAGCUUUAUUUAUUACUAUUUAUUAUUUAUUUAUUUUAAACGUCACUUUUAAUGAUUCUCGUUAUUACUGUAGCUUUUUUUAAAAAUAGCUUUACAUCCUAAUGCAAUCUUUGCCAGCAGCAUAGAUCCUUUUGCCUUGGAUGGCAGUAUUUCCAGCUACAUUAGCAACUUCCCUCAAGCCUUCCAAUAGCUCUAAACAGCAAAUGCUUGGACCUGUUGCCUUGUCUCUGCCAAAUUCUUUUAAAAUAAUGUUAAAUGAGUGGUGGUAUGUGAAAGAGCAAUGGAAGAAGGUGUACUGAGGUGCCAAGAGGAUUUAAAGAAGCAGUUAAAUAAUGGCGUUUACACAGGGUUUGGCAAUUGUGGUCGAUAAAGAGCUCGAGGACAGACCUCCAACUACCACUUAACUGUUUGGACUGCAGGAUUCAGAUGCAAUGUUACGAAGGUCAGAGGAGACAGUAUCAGGAAUGUGAAUUUUUUUAAGCUAGGCUCCUACAGAGUCUGGUGACUGAAGAAUGCAAAAACAGAUUAUGUAUAUUUGUAAAUUUGUACUGCUUUUUCUGUACAUUUUGUACUGAUCUAUUUCAGAUUGAAUAAACAGAGUGGUUCUUUUUAUUUGCUGUGGUGGCUUAUGGAGUGGUGAGCAUGCACAGGAUAAUUCUGCCUCUUUAAAGGAAGUUCACAUUUUGGCCUCUGUAAAAUUCUUAACAACCUCAAAAAAAAAGUAUUUCGCCUGCCUAGAGCAGCCAGCCCUUGAACUACCUCCCUGCCACUGUUAGAUAAAUGCAGUCUCUUACUUGUUUUGUUAAAUGGAGACACAUACAAAAGCAGAAGGACAGUACUUGAGUAGCUAGUAAAACAAAGUUACAGUUUUAUUACAGAGUUUGACUUAAAAUCUCUGUUUCUCAGCAAGUCGGUACUUACUAUGUGGAGCACAAGACACCUUCAGUUAGCCAAGCCAAGGGAGAUGCUGAGUCCUGCUAGGAAAGGCAAGCACCUCUCCCUUUGCUUUAGCAGAAGCAGAACCGUAACAGUGCUGCCAACGUGGACAUCAAUGUCCAAUUUCAUUGGGCUGUUACAUGCUACAUUCAGUUAAAAUCCUAAUACUCCAUAGCGUAGCUUCCCAGCAAAAUAUGCCACAGGCUCCUGCACACCUUCAUCCACCCAUGUCCGUUGGCUUCUAGCCAGCAGGCUUUACAGUCUGGCCAAAGCAACGUCCUGGGCAAUGAGGCAGGGUCAGGAGUGGGCAGCAAUGAAUAGUUGCUACUGGAGUGCAAAUUCUGGAGACAAAGUGAAUUUACAGAAACCCUGCAGAAGAGCAAGCAGAAGAAAUACCUAUUCUGUCUGCAGCCAGCUAUCCUAGAGUGAGGCCAACAGCUUUAGGCAGAUGAGACUUUCCUCACACAAGCACCACAACUCACAAGUAUCACCUUGCCAGCUGUAGGCUUCAUUUGUGAACACUCUUCUCCAUAAAAAUCUGGCACACCUCUGCUUGCUGCCCUUCUCUGCAAGCCACUACUUCGCUACUUGUUUCUGCACGAUCACCCGGACACUGGGAGCACGCCUUGCGGGAAACAGAAAUGACAUCAGUGCUGGCUGACUCUGUCUGUUUGUCAUUCUAACCAAGAAGCAGUUCAAUUGUUCAGGCACCACCAAACUGGCC